AUGGCGGAAGAGAGGCCGCACAAUCUGGUCGAAGCAGCAUGCCGGAUGUUGACAACGGUAUCUUCUACAGACAUCUCGGAUGCACUCGAGUUAUCUUCUCAAGCCAAAGGGCGUUUCUACGAGCUCAUAGUCCUGCUCCAUGCCCUGAACCAAGUCUGCAGCCGGCCAAGCCAAAGGCGCUCUCCUGACUCGCCCCGGAUUCGCACGGCAGAUCCAGGAGAGCCCGAGGAUAUGUUGCGCCUCUAUCUCUCGAAGCUGGGCAAGAUUUGUGACUCGCGUCCUGGAGGCGCCACCGUCACUGCUUUUGCCGCGCUGCAGAACACGGACCCCAGAGUCCGCUACGUGUUCGCGUCGAACAGCCGGACGCCGGCCCAGCUCGAGGCUGUUUGCAAACACAUCACCGCCGUCCUACGCUCUGUCGGGGAGCUAUCGCGGACUUCGCACACCAAGCGGUCGCGUGAGGAGGCGUACCACCAGAAUCAGAGGAACAUCUUGAGAUUCUGUCAGGAAAGGGUCAAGUGCUAUGUCAAUGGGUUGCGAGGGGCACUGCUUGAGUGCAUCGGCCAUUCACUGGUGUAUGCUGAGAAGCUCCGAGGCUUGCAAGAUAUCCUACCACCUGCGAAGCUCAAGGACAUGGUUGAAGAUGAAUGCAAGUUUCUAUCCCCAAGCAUGCAACUUGGAUCCUGA